AUGCAGUCCAAGCUUGUUAUCAGUGUCGCUCUCUUCUCUGCUGUCGCCUUUGCUCAGUCCAAUGACUUCAACAUUGAUACCGCCGAGGAAACAAAAGUCAUUGGUGAACUCGAAGGCUUCGUCACAACCCUCGAAGCGAAUCCAACUUUCCAAGCAGACGUCGCCGCUCUCAUGACAGCACUCCCCAGCAGCGUGGUCCAAGAAGCCGAACAAGACCCUGAAGCACUGAUCGAUCAGAUUGGUUCCAGUAGCGAAGUUCCGGCCUGGGUGUCCGCUAUCCCCACCCCCGUUGUUGAAUCUCUAGAGACGCUCAUCGCGAAGCCCAUUAAGGCGGUGGUCGACGUGGAGGGAUACAUUGAGCAGCUAGUCGAGGAGCCCGAGGUCGCUUCUGCUGUAUCCGUCCUCAUGACCGCCGUCCCAACAAGCGUGCAACAGGCGUUCGAAUCCAAUCCUGCCGGCUUCCUUGAGAACAUCGUCACCGCUACAGCACUACCUUCAUGGGUCACCGACAUCCCAGCACCUCUUCAAAGCGAUCUCGGUUCCAUAGUUAACGAGGCUCUGAGCAUUAUCGAUAAGGACUUGGAAGGUGGCGCUAAUGCUACCGGGACCGCAGGUGGCUUCAUGCCUUCUUCGGGCUAUGCGAAAGCCACGGGCACGGGAGGUGUGUUUGGCUACAACGGUACAAACGGUGGUCCCAGCGGAAGCCCAAUCGCAUACACGGGAGCUGCGGCGCCAAUGAAGACGGCAGCAGCAGGGAUGGCCGCGUUGAUGGUUGGAGCGGGCCUGGACUGA